AUGGCAGAUUGGGGGGAUUGUGGGAAUGUGCCUGUCACGGAGAAAUGCAAGCUGGCCCAUGUGGAACUGACAAACAACUCAUGGCAAUUCAAAUUCACGCAGCUGUUCGUCAAGCCCAGUGGUACCACACCUGGUUCUACCACUCAGCUGUUCGUCAAGCCCAGUGGUACCACACCUGGUUCUACCACUCAGCUGUUCGUCAAGCCCAGUGGUACCACACCUGGUUCUACCACUCAGCUGUUCGUCAAGCCCAGUGGUACCACACCUGGUUCUACCACUCAGCUGAUCGUCAAGCCCAGUGGUACCACACCUGAUUCUACCACUCAGCUAUUCAUCAAGCCCAGUGGUACCACACCUGGUUCUACCACUCAGCUAUUCAUCAAGCCCAGUGGUACCACACCUGGUUCUACUACUCAGCUGUUCGUCAAGCCCAGCGGUACCACACCUGGUUCUACCACUCAGCUGUUCGUCAAGCCCAGCGGUACCACACCUGGUUCUACCACUCAGCUGUUCGUCAAGCCCAGCGGUACCACACCUGGUUCUACCACUCAGCUGUUCGUCAAGCCCAGCGGUACCACACCUGGUUCUACCACUCAGCUGUUCGUCAAGCCCAGUGGUACCACACCUGGUUCUACCACUCAGCUGUUCGUCAAGCCCAGUGGUACCACACCUGGUUCUACCACUCAGCUGUUCGUCAAGCCCAGUGGUACCACACCUGGUUCUACCACUCAGCUGUUCGUCAAGCCCAGUGGUACCACACCUGAUUCUACCACUCAGCUGACCUCAAGACCUCAGCUGUUCAAGACCUCAGCUGUUCAUCGAGACCAUGAAUAG